AUUGGACUAAAUAUAUUCUCAAAAUUUCCACAUGUACCACUAUCUCACAUAGAAUGAUGUUGUCACGUGUAAUAAUAAUUUUAUAACUUGACACAAAUAGAAACACAAAUACUCUUCUUAUUGGCAUCGAUCAUCAACAUAUUUCUUGAGGAAAAUGUCCACCAAAACUGCAGACAAACAAAAAUGCGAGUCAGUUACGGAAGUGCAGUCGGUGCCAUCGAGCUCCCUGAGUUUGGAAUGCACGAUAAAACCCAGCGACGAAUUUCUUCAAGUUUACAAAUUAUCAUGCACAUUUAGUACAAAUAAAAGUACUCUUAGUAACAAGGAAAUCAAGACAAUAGAAACAAAGAUGGACAAAUUAUAUAAUAAGGUUACCAACUCGAAAAACGCAACAUUUAAUGAUAUUAUAACUCUUGCAUAUUGUUACCAAAAUUUAUGUCAUGGUUACAUUAAAUCAAAUCAAAAAGGGGAGCUACGUAUAGGAAAAACUUAUAUUUUGCGUUGUUUGAAUUUGGUGAAAGGUAAAGAGCUGGAUCCCAAAUCUAUUUUGAUAGCUCUAAAAGGCCAUUUCCAGUUAGGCCUUAUUUAUUUUAAGCAGAAGGAAGCAGGAAAAGCUCUACAAAUAUGUAAUAAAUCUAUAGGAUUAUAUUUGACAUAUACAGACGAUAAGGAAAAAUACGGUAAUCCUAUUAAUUUUGGAAAUAUUAUCAUGAAGUCAUCGGUAGAUAAUUAUUACUUGCUAAAUAUAAUAUACAAAGAGAUUUUAAAAUUAAUAGUGGUCUCAGAUAUAAAUAUAACUGAUCACAACUGGAUAGCAUACAAUCAUUUGCUUUUAGCAGCUAAAUUGAAUACAUUACAUGAAACAAGAAAACAUCUUCUGUGGAGUAAAUCAGCAUUGAAAAUAAGCAUUUAUUUAGUACGGAACGACCGUUUCGCAGAAGCAAAAAGUCAUAUUAUUACUGCAAAUUAUGUGAAAAAUAAAUUUCUUUAUAAAAUGGAUCAUAUUAUGAAGGAACAGGAAAUUUCCUCAAAAGAACUGAAGCUCAGUAAAUUGGACAUAGAAUAUGAUGUGUUAUUUAUUAAGUCGUGGCUAAAAUAUGUGAUUAAACUUUUGCGUAGGUCGGUAGAACGAUUGCUACGAUUAGAAAAAGGCGAAAAAUUUGAAAUUGAUAACUUAAAUUCAGGGCAUUCAAAAAAAUUAGAGGUUGAUAUAUCACAGAGAUUAUUAUUCUUCAAUGAUAUAGAUACAGAAAUUCCAUUCACGAGUAUAACUACAUCCCUACCGGUUAAAUACAUUUUACGUUAUAACGAUGCAUACAAAAUAUUUACCAAUAUCCUAUGGAAUGUUUCCAUUAUGAGACAUUUACUUCAUAAAAGCGGAGAUAUUGAAGCAUACGGACAUCUUAUAUUAGACGUUUGCGAAGCGUACAAAUAUAUGGUACUCUAUGAGAAGGACAUAACUAAUCGGAGCUUACUACAAAAGGUAAUUGUAGAUCUUUUAUCGGAAGAUAUUAUAAACAAACUUUUGAGAACGCGUGCUCCUGGCACAUACUAUAGUAUACAGUUACACCUUGCGAUUUCUUAUUCAAAUUUAAUAGAAGUAAAUCUUGAAAAUUUAGACAAAAUUCAUCCACUAUACAUGCCACAAAGAGAUAAUGCAAUUAUGUUUGAAAUUGGAUGGUUAGUUAAGAAUGCCUUGAGGCAUUUGAAAAUGGCCUUUUUUCAAAAGAUAAUUAUAUCAGAGGAUUCUCAUAAUAAGCCAAAUUGAUUAUUAGUUUCACAUUGAUAGAAACAUAUGCAAUGAUGUUCAUCGCCGUAAUAUUGAAAGUAAAGAAAAAAUGAGAUUAUCAAUGUUUAUAUAUAAUAUUUAGUUUAAUAAAAGUGUUUUUUAAUGGGAAAUACAAUAUUACAUGUUUAUUUGUGCGUUUAUAUUGAACUGAUUAAUAUUAUGUGAUAAGUUAGAAAAUUUUACAAGAAAGAAUGAUAUGAUUUUAUAAGGUAACUAAAAAUAUCUAGAGAUCGUCCUGGAUGUUUUCAAAUUGUCCUUGGAAAUUUUGCAUUUUAAAUAUCUUCUGGAUAAUUCAGAGAUAUUUUUUGUUAUUUAAAUAUUUACUUGAUUAUAAACAAAGACAAAAAAUAUUUAAAUACUGCGCGUCAGUAAUUCAAUUCUGUUGUUAUAAAAAUUUCACUAGAAUAAUAUGUAAUAUAAAAUACAUAUAAGGACUCAAAAUGUAUAUGUUUCUAAUCAACCAGUUUAUUAAACUAAACCUCGGUAAAUACAAUCUAUAUACAGGGACUGCUGUAUACUGUAUCUUAAACUUGUUUAAAAAUUACUAUAACAAAUAAUUUAUUUUAUAAAUAAA